AUGAAAGUAUUUAUGUUAAUUGUUUCUCUUGGUAUAUCAUAUGUUUUUUCAGAAAAUAUUGAAUUUAUAUAUAAAAAAUCUAUUUUAUCAGAUUUAAUAAGUGAAGAAAAAUUUUUUGCUUUGAUUUUAAAAGAAAAUGCAUUAAACGAUCAAUGUCAAAUAAAACUAAAGGAAUAUUGUAAAAAUUUGGAAGACAUGAAUUUGAACCCGAAAAAUCUACAUUAUUUAUUGAAAAAACCAUGUGAAGAGAUGAAAAUAAAAGAAACGUGCGAUAAUUUAAAAAGCAAGAUUAAACAGACAUGUACAACAUAUGAGAAAGUUUUUGAAAGUAUAAUAAAAGAAUCAUUUUUAAGGCAACAAAGUUGUCUAUUAGAAGAUAACUGUAUGUUUUUAGAAGGGGCAUGUCCAAUGGAAUUUAGACAAAAAUGCAACAAAUUAAGAGAAAGAUGUAGAAAAAAAAAACAAAAUGAAAUAACAGAAAAAAUUCUUUUAAGAAUAUUAAGCAAAAAUUUAAAAAACAAAGAAACUUGUGAAAAAGUUAUUAAUGAAAAAUGUCUUUUACUAGUGGAAGAAAGUAAUGAACUAAUGGAAUUUUGUUUAAAUUCUUCAGACAGAUGUCAAAAACUUAUAAAUAUGAUGAAUACUCAAUGCUCUAAUCUUGAAAGUGAUAUUAGCUUUUUAUUUACACACAAUGACACCCUAAAAACACAAUGUAGUUCAUUACUUGAAAAAUGUUAUUUUUAUGAGGCAAAUUGUGAUGAUAAUAUUCAGACUAACUGUGAAAAAUUAAAGAAAAAAUGCGAAAAGCAGACAAAAUAUACACUAUUAAAUUUAACAUUUAAUCCAAUAAAAAACAUUGCACUAAUGGAAAAGAUAGGAAAAGAAGAAUUAUUUGGAGAUGAAAUUAGAAAGCCAAAAAUAAAGGAUACGAUUGAUCUUUUAAUAUUAAUAACAAAUAGUAGUUUGAAAGAAUGUAAAACUCGUCUUAAUAAGUGUUAUGAAUUUUGCAACCUUUUGCCUCAAUUAAAAUAUUUAUAUGAUAAUAUUACAAAAGAAAUGAGUAAAAAUAAAGAAGAAAUAUGUACUACCCUAAAAAGUAAAUUGAAACUUAGAUGUAAUGCUUUUAAAUUAAAAUUGGCUGACUUAUCAUUGUCAAAUACCACUAAAGACUAUGAAGAAGCUGCAUUAUUAGGAUGGUUCGAGCAAUUUACAACCCUUGAUGAUCGACUCUGCGCAAAUUUGGAAUCGAGAUGCUUCUAUUUACAGAAACCUUGUAAUUCAGAAAAUAUUAAACUUGAUAAUGCAUGCAGUAAUGCAAAAUUAGCAUGUUUAAAGAUGCGGGUUUUUAGAAAGGAAUAUCAACUAUUAGAAACCAAUUUAAGGGGAAAACUACAUAACUUAACGAUUAAAAGUUCGCUUAAAACAUGCGUAAAUGAACUAUUUAAUUUGUGUAAAAAAGAAACUAAUAUUAAAAAACCAGUAUUAAUAAACUUAUGUUUACAACCAUGGGAUACUUGUAAGGAACUUGCAAAUGAUAUAGAAAAACAAAGUAAGAGGCUUAGAAACGAUCUGGAUCAAAAAAGGGAUUUUCCGGAUAAAGAGGACUGCAAAAAACUAAAAGAGAAAUGUGAAGUGUUAGGACAUGAUUCAAAAACGAACGACUUACCAUGUUUUACACUGAAAGGGCGAUGUGAUCAUUUGGAAAAUGCUAAGGAAUUAGAGGAAAUUUUGUUAGAAGAAAAAGUAGAAAAUUUAGGCAAUUUAGAUACAUGUAUAAAAAAAGUUUCAGAAAAAUGUAAUAAAUGGUCUAAAAAAAAGAGAACAAGAUUUAUUUUUUCGUGUAUACAAUUAGUCACUACUUGUCAAAUCAUUACUAGAGACAUUAAAUCUAAAUGUUCUGUAUUAGAAAGGAACAUAGAUAUUGAAGACGUUCUAGAUCAAGUGAAGAGUGAUGAUGCAGACAUAAAGGGUCCUACAUGUGAUUUAUGGGAGCCUUAUUGUGAUAAGUUUAUGUUGAGCUGUGAAAUACUUGUACAAAAUAAUGGAAAGAAUGGAAAGUGCAAAGAACUAAAGGAGAGCUGUGAACCCUAUCGUAGAAUACAAGAACAAGAAAUGAAACUUAUGUAUGAAUUAAGAGGAGGUCUCAAUAGCGAAAAUAAAUGUAAAUCAACCCUUAAUGAACACUGUUUGCAUUGGGAUAAAACGAAAAAUGAUACAUUCAAGAAUUUCUGCAACAAUAACACUGAUACCAAAAAUAAUACAACUAAAAAUGAACUGUGCAAGAAAUUACUAAAAUAUGUAAAGGAAAGAUGUACAAAAUUAUUGGCAAAAUUAAAUGGCAUGGCAACGGAAAUAGAAGAAAAUGUAAAGAUUGUUGAAAAAUUGAACGAAGCAGCGAAAAAAGCACUAAAGAAUACAAAUCUUAUUUUAACUUCAAGCAAACAAAAAACAGAUCCUAACAUAAAUAACGCAACAUUAAUUCUAGCUUAUAAUGCAAAUGCUUACAGAAAUAUAAAUUUAAAAACAGAUGUAACUUUGAAAAAUCAAUCAAGGUAUUUGGAACAAAAGGAGACAAAAGUGAAUAUUACAGAAAAAGAAGUUGAAGCGUUUGAUGUAGCAGCAGAAGCAUUAAAGGUUUAUACAGAAGUCAAAGCAGAGUGCAAAGGUCUGCAAUUAGAAUGUGAAUUUAAGGAAGAUUGUUCUGAAUACAAAGAUGUAUGCAAGAAAAUUGAAGAUGCAUGCAAUAAAUUAAAGUCACUGGAAAUCAAGUCUUCAGAAACAAAAACAAUUAAUCAAACUAUAAAGACCAUCAUUACAAAAACCGAGACAAAUACAACACAAAAAACACUGACGACAGGAGAACAA